GGCCAUCUGGCGCUGCAGCCUGACGCUGAGCCGCGCGGUCAGAGACGGAGCUGCCCCUCGUCCCGGAGGAAGACGCGUCUGCGCUCCCGUGGGCUUUCCAGAGGACUUCGCGGUCUCGUGCUGUGGAUUCACGCCGUGAUUCGCGCGUGGACGUUGAGGACGCGCAGCAAAGCGGGGGAUUACGCGGAGAAACAAAGAGCGGCUGGAGGAGGAGCCCCUCGCUGAGGCUGCUGGAACCCCUGCGAUCGGUGGCGCGCCCCCCACCACCCCCUCGCCAUGGGGAAGCACGGAGUGGCUCGCGCGUCCUGGACCCUCCGGUCGGUUCUGCUGGUUCUGAACGCUGGAUUAGUGGCUGUAAACGGACAGUUCGGGGGAGGAGAGCGGGGCAUGUCGGUGCCGGAGCACGGCUUCUGUCAGCCCAUCUCCAUCCCGCUCUGCACGGACAUCGCCUACAACGAGACCAUCAUGCCGAACCUGCUGGGCCACACCAACCAGGAGGACGCGGGGCUGGAGGUCCACCAGUUCUACCCGCUGGUGAAGGUGCAGUGCUCCCCGGACCUGAAGUUUUUCCUGUGCUCCAUGUACGCGCCCGUGUGCACGGUGCUGGAGCAGGCGCUGCCCCCGUGCCGCUCUCUGUGCGAGCGCGCGCGGCAGGGCUGCGAGGCGCUCAUGAACAAGUUCGGCUUCCAGUGGCCCGACACCCUGGCGUGCGAGACCUUCCCCGUGCACGGCGCGGGGGAGCUGUGCGUGGGCCAGAACAUGUCUGACCGAGCGGAGCCGGAUGGCCCCGGGCCCUACCCCACGGAGCGCGUCCCGCCCGGGCCCCCCAGCGGCCACUUUCGCUGCCCGGCAGCGCUCAGGAUGCCCCCCUAUCUGAACUACCACUUCCUGGGGCAAGAGAACUGCGGCGCGCCCUGCGAGCCCAAGAGAGCGCACGGGAUGAUGUACUUCAGUCAGGAGGAGCUGAAGUUCUCCAGAAUCUGGAUCGGAAUCUGGUCCGUGCUGUGCUGUGCUUCCACUCUAUUCACCGUUCUCACCUACCUGGUGGACAUGAAGCGCUUCAGCUACCCGGAGCGGCCCAUCGUCUUCCUGUCUGGCUGCUACACCAUGGUCUCCGUGGCCUACAUCGCCGGCUUCCUGCUGGAGGAGCGGGUGGUGUGCAACGACAGGUUUGACAACGACAUGAGAACGGUGGUGCAGGGAACCAAGAAGGAGGGCUGCACCAUCCUCUUCAUGAUGCUGUACUUCUUCAGCAUGGCCAGCUCCAUCUGGUGGGUCAUCCUGGCUCUCACCUGGUUCCUGGCGGCGGGGAUGAAGUGGGGUCACGAGGCCAUCGAGGCCAACUCUCAGUACUUCCACUUGGCCGCGUGGGCCGUCCCCGCCAUCAAGACCAUCACCAUCCUGGCGGUGGGGCAGGUGGACGGAGACGUGCUGAGCGGCGUCUGCUUCGUGGGCAUCAACAGCGUGGACGCCCUGCGCGGCUUCGUCUUAGCGCCGCUCUUUGUUUACCUCUUCAUCGGCACUUCCUUCCUCUUGGCGGGAUUCGUGUCCCUGUUCCGGAUCCGAACCAUCAUGAAGCACGACGGCACCAAAACAGAGAAACUGGAGAAGCUGAUGGUGCGCAUCGGGAUCUUCAGCGUGCUCUACACCGUGCCGGCCACCAUCGUCAUCGCCUGCUACUUUUACGAGCAGGCCUUCAGGGAGCAGUGGGAGAGGACGUGGAUCGGCCAGACGUGCAAAACGUACGCUGUGCCAUGUCCGAUCCAAAACCAUCCCAACAUGAGCCCGGACUUCACCGUCUUCAUGAUCAAGUACCUGAUGACGCUCAUUGUGGGCAUCACGUCCGGCUUCUGGAUCUGGUCGGGGAAGACUCUGAACUCCUGGAGGAGGUUUUACACGCGACUGGCGAGCAGUAAACAGGGCGAGACCACGGUGUGACGCCGCCCGCGUGCUGGGCUGUACAUACUUUUGUAAGAUUUGGUAUUUAAAGGUGAACGUGGUCUUUUUCAUACAUGUUGGAACUAUUGAGCGUGGCCAGUUCCUGAUCCAUGCUCUGAUGUGAGGAGUUCCUGAUACCCAAGUGCUUCCAUGUGGAUCCGCCUCCUUCGGACUCCUCUGCUCCGCAGAGGAGGUCUCCAGCGCGACAGCUGGAUCCAGAACCCCUGGAUCUGCGGGAUCAUGCAGGGAUGCUGGCAUGUUCUGUGCGCAGCAGAUUCAAAGCAGCAUUGAUCUAUUUCUGAAGACGUUCUGUGCUGGAGGAGAGCAGAGGCGCUCACACACAUUUGAAUUGGAAAGCAUUUUGUGCUGCGGCAGAGCUGACAGUUCUCUGGACUCUUGGAGCCUCUGCAACUCCUUUUAUUUUAACGUCUUCUAACACAAAUUUGAGAGGAAGCAGACGUUUGAGGGGAGAUGAAUCUGCAUCGGCGACAGUGAGAGUGACAAGCGGAUGUUUGUUCUCCUGGAGGCCUUUCAGCUGUCGGAGGGUUCUCUUUGUUCAGACGGGACGAUGGAGGUUCACUGAACUGUUUGAUCGGAACAGGCCAGGCUUUUAGGAGCUGCUCCGGUCAGUGGAGGUCCGCCGUCGGCUGUUCUGCAGAUGUUUGGAUGCUGGUUAACUCUUAACGGUUUGGUUGCUGCUUCCUCUCCACAGUCCUGUCGGCUCUGAUGGCCUCAGCUGCCGCAGCUCCUAAGUCUGUCUGUCAUUUGUUAUGAAAAAAAUUUAUAUUUAUAGAAAAGUCCUAUAUAAAUUUAUAUAAAUAUUCACUACAUGGACUGCUUUAUGAGAAUAAAACAAACCCACUGGUGCAACUUUC